AAGGAAAGAAAAGAAGAAAAGAAAUUUGAUGGAGAGAGGGCCAGAGACAAUUAAGAACGCGUGUGCACGCUAAUGGAGGGGCUGCGCGAGCCACUGCGGGUGGACACGAGGCUGGCUGUGCGUGGGCAAAUGCGCAGCGUAGGGGUGCGUGCACUUAACGGAAAGCGUGUCCUCUGCGGUGGGCAGGCCUGUGCGCUGGUGCGAGGGUUGGGGCGCCCGAGCUGUGCGAGGGGUGUUGGAUGCCCAGAUGUACUGGAGGCGGCCGGGGAGCCGGGCGGAGACGCAGCACGGAGAAGGGGACUCUCUCCUCUCCCGCAGCGCCACUCGGCCUGGGAAGGCGGCGACCGAGGGGCACGCUGCGCCUGCGAGCCCCCAGCUCCUCGCACGGAGGUGCCAGGCGCCCCGAAGGCGACGAGGAGGCGUCUACGGCCGAGGCUGAAGGCGUCUGAUCGAGGAGGGGGGGACAGCGGGGGACAAGGAAGCCAGAGGAACCCGAGAGGACGGCGGGCUUUGAAAAGCGCCGCAGGGCGGGCGCACUCCGAGCCCGGCAUCUGUCUUUGGCCCCAGCUCCCGCCGAGGCGAGGCAUCCAGGCUCCUGGCGACGACCCGCGAAAAAACACCCCUCACCUCCCUCCUCUCGGCCCAGGGCCCCGGCUGGAGAGGCUGGGCUCGGCGCCCCGCAGUCAGCGCGCGAACAGCACUCACCUGGGUCCCCGCUUGCCGUGUGCUGCGCCCAGCUCCUGCGCCGUCCCAGGCUCGGCGCCACUGUUCCCCACCCCCCCUCCGCCCCCGGCCCGGCAGCUCUCACUCGCUCCGGCCCGGCCCGCGGCGCCUGAGACAAAGCGGCCGCGACCCGCCCUGCGCUUUCGUUUUCCGCCCGCGCUCGGCUCCCGCGGCUGCCCGCCUGCUCGCGCGCUUCUGGGCGAGUCCAAAAAGUCCCGGGCGCAGCGCAGUCCUUCCCGGGGCGGGGAGAGCGGGUAG